AUGAAACUGCAACUAGAAGAAUUGGAGUGCAUUCGGCUAGAAGCUUAUGAAAACUCAAGGAUCUACAAAGAAAAGGUGAAGGCGGUACACGAUCAGAACAUCAAGAGAAGAGAGUUUAGAGCUGGGGAUCAAGUCCUUCUCUACAACUCAAGGUUGAGAUUAAUACCGGGCAAACUGAGGUCAAGAUGGGAUAGACCCUACAUGGUGGAGAAGGUUGAACCGUAUGGAGUUGUCAACCUAAGUCACCCCUCAAGCCCUACCUUCUUCAGAGUUAAUGGACACCGUUUAAAACUUUAUCAUGGUGCAAAAGUAAAGAACAACAAGGAGCUGAAGAUCUUCCUCUUGAAGGACCCAAGCCAAGGACGAGGACUGAGCUUAUAG